AAUUGUAGACUGUGAGACCAUCUAGAUCAUAGGAUAUUAAAAAUGAAAGGAGCCUUCAGUAGUUUCCAGUUAUGCUGCAUUAUUUACAGGGGAGGAAACUGAGGUCCAUAAAAAAGAAUAACUCCGUCAAAGUCGAAGUGGGUUUGUGACCUUAUAAUUCAUAUUUUCUUCUAAUCUACAGUGCUGUUCUAUGAACCAAACUUGGACAUCUGAUCACUAUAUUCCACUACCCAGUAAGAACUGAUAAAGUUGCCACCAUGUCUUGCUACUGUGAAUAAUGUGACAAUGAAUAUUGGAGUGCAGAUAUUUCUUCAACAGGAAACUUCUUCAGCAAGGAAAGUCCUUCACCAUCAGCCAGGCCAGAGAUUCUUGGGUGCUAUAAUGUCUCACCUGGAUUCCAGAUCUUUCAUAAAGUAUUCUUAAUGUUGACUUCACGAGCUGAAGAGUCUUAUUACUUACUGGAUCUGAAAAUAUUGUUGCCACAGAACAGUGUACUACCAACUGAGAAUUCAGAGAGAACACUUCUGUAUAUGGCAAUGAAAAACUACAGUGCUAUCAGUGAGUUCAUUCUCCUUGGACUAUCUAUUGACCCCAAUAUUCAGGCCAUACUCUUUGUGCUGUUCUUUCUGAUUUAUCUCUUCACUCUGAUGGGAAAUUUCUUGAUUCUGCUGGUGAUUAGGGCUGAUUCUCACCUCCACAUGCCCAUGUACUUCUUUUUGAGACAACUGUCCUUCCUGGACCUCUGCCACUCAUCUGUCACAGUCCCCAAGAUGCUGGAGAAUCUACUUUCUGAAAGUAAAACCAUCUUUGUAGAGAGCUGCCUGGCUCAGGCCUUCUUUGUGUUUGCCACCGGGGGCACGGAGGCCUGUCUGCUGGCUGUGAUGGCCUAUGACCGCUAUGUAGCCAUCAGCUCCCCUCUGCUCUAUGGCCAGGUGAUGAGCAACCAGCUCUGUGUUGGGAUGGUGUGGGGUUCCUGGGGCCUGGCCUUUGUUGAUGCUCUCAUUAAUAUCCUCUUGGCUGUCAAUUUAGAUUAUUGCGAGGACCAGACUCUUCCCCACUUCAGCUGUGAGCUGUCUUCUCUCUUCCCUCUGUCUUGUUCUGAUACCUCGACCAACUUCACACUCCUGCUGUGCUCCUCUGUCUUGCAUUUCUUUGGAACCUUCGUUAUGAUUGUUUUUUCCUAUGUUCGCAUUGUCUCCACCAUCCUGAGCAUCAGCUCCACGUCAGGCAGAAGCAAGGCCUUCUCUACUUGCUCUUCUCACCUCACUACUGUGAUCUUGUUCUAUGGCUCAGGUUUCCUCAGCUAUCUCUUGCCAACUUCAGGCUCCCGUCUGGCGAUGAUGCUCUCCUUGCAGUACAGUGUGGUCACUCCCAUGCUGAACCCCCUUGUCUACAGCCUGCAGAACAAAGAGGUGAAGGCAGCUAUGGGCAGAAUGUUCAGAAAAUAUUUUCAUUCUCUCAUGUAGUAGACAGAAGAUUAUGACUAAAGGGAGACUGAACUAUUAUGCUACAUGAUCAGAUAAUGGAUUUUAAGGAGGGUUUCUUGAUUGUCCAUGAUGCUAGAUGCUUUAGGGAAUACAGUGGCAUUUAUUUCCUUGAAAAUGCUUGUGAAAAGGACAGAAAACUGUUAUCUCAGGAUGACUCAGGUUCAGUCUUAUUCAGGAAAGGAGAAAUGAAUCAGUCUUCUUUUUGAGGGGUCAUUUUAUAAAAAUGUUGAUUUAUUUUUCAUUUCUAGGUGGACAUCUAUUGCUAUUGGUUAAUCAUUACUCUUUCACACUUCUUCAAAUGAUUACACCCAAAUCCUCAGGAAGACUAGUUUUCUCAAAUUGAUAUGGGUCUGUAAAGUGGGGUGCUCCUAUAAUCUAGAAUAGGCUAACUUUUCUACCCCUUUCUCCUGACAGUGCAUUGAGGCAAGGAGUAAAACCAAGACCCAAGUGAAGUUAUUUAGAAUCUAACUCUAGGAAAUUCAAGUACUUAGCAGGAAUAAACAACAAGAAAAGACAGCAUUUGGAAGAGUUGAUCUGACUAUAGUGCCUAAAGAGUCCAUGAAAUCUGGCUCCCUUAGCGGUUGUCCUUCCUGAAGUCAUAUUUUAAACAAAUAUAGUGACAAUAGCUAAUUCAUUACAUUUCUUUCUUUUUUUUUUUUAGUUUAUUUAUUUAUUUUGUGAGAGAGAGCAGAGCAUUUGUGAGUGUGGGAGGGGCAGAGAGAGAGAGAGAGAGAGAGAGAGAGAGAAUCCCAAGCUGGCUCCAUGCUCUCACCAUGCGGGGCUUGAUCCCGUGAACCGUGAGAUUAUGACCUGAAAUCAAGAGUCAGAUGUUUAACCAACUGAACCACCCAGGCACCCCCUAAUUUGUUACAUUUCUUAACUCAAGCCAAGAAGUGUGCUAAGUUCCUGUGAUAGGCAGACUAGUCCCCCAAAGAGAUCCUCCUAAUCCCUGGAAACUAUUAAUAUGUUAAAUGGCAAAAGGGAUUGGACAGAUGUAUAAGGUUAUGGACUUUAAAAUAGGGAGGGUAUCUUGGAUUAUGCAGGUAGGCUCAGUCUAAUCACAUGAAUCCUUAAAAGCAGGGAAGCUUCUCCAGCUGUAGGCAGGAACAAUGCAGCAGAAGGGAAGGUCAGAGAUAAUACAAGCAUAAGAUAAACUCAGCCUAGCAUUGCUGGCUUUACUCAUGGAUGCAGGCUAUGAGCCAGAGAUUGUAUGUGGCUUCUAAAAACUGAGAACAACUACCAGCCAAGAGCCAGCAAAGAAAUAGGAACCUCAUUUCAUGGAAUUCAUAGAAUUGACUUCUGCCAACAAACUGAAUGAUGUCUCCUCCAGAUCCUUCAGGUAAUGUCUGUUGGCUUGAUUUUGGCCUUGUGUGACCAGUGGAAUCAAUUGAGCCCAUUGAGAUUCUGACCAGAACUGUGAGAUAAUAUAUUUCUGUCAUUUUAAGAUACUAAGUUUGUGAUAAUUUGUUAUUAGCAGCAAUAGAAAACUUUAUAUAUAUCACCUUACCUUUAUUAUCCUACUUAAUCAUCUCAAAAGGUAUGAGAUAGUUUUAUUUAGUUUUCCUUUACCAGUGAGGAAAUGAGGAUACUUGCCUGUCCAGGGAUUCAUAGCAAGGAAAUGGUGGAGCUGGAAUUUAAACUCUGUAGCUUGAACAGAGUCCAUGUUCUCAGUCACUGACUGCCCCUUCCAUUCGGUCUAUAAGACUCACCGAUCCUUUUCACAAUUAUUUACUACCAGAUUCAAUUGCUUAUAACCAAAGAAUGGUAACUCACACCGGUUUCAAAGGCGAGAUUAAAUCAACUGAACUUUAGUGAAAUGCAAAGUGUUUAGAAUUAGAUAUUUGGUUAAAAUUUGAAAGAAGAAAAUGAUUAUUAUGAUACCCUUCCUCUUCUAUUUUGUGAAUCAUCCUUCUUUGUUUUUUCCAAAACUUCUUUUUCUGCCUUUCAUCAGG